AUGUCGGACGUUGGCGAGCUCACGCAGGAGCAGAAGGACUUCUUGGAGCCGUACUUGCCACCGGAUGCCUGCGCCUCCCUCCAACAUGAAACCCGGACCUUGGACUUGGAGACGCUUGGCAGUCCUUCUGGAGAAAAGCCUGAUUUGCCCUUCGUAACAUUGACGUAUGCAACUUCCCUGGACAGUAUGAUUGCGCUGGCUCCAGGCGUGCGAACUACGCUGUCAGGCCCCGAGUCCAAGUGCAUGACACACUACCUUCGUCUCCGACAUGAUGCCAUUCUGGUUGGCGCUGGUACGGCCGUCGUCGACGAUCCGAGCCUCAACUGCCGCUAUCCAGGUGCCUCGUUCGCCGACCAGCCUCAGCCGGUCAUAGUCGACACCAAAGGUCGCUUCUAUAGCCACAACAGGAAAGCCUGUCGCCUCGCCAGGGAAGGUCAAGGGAAGAGGCCCUGGAUAGUGAGUGGCGCAGAGAGUCAGUUCGGCGCUCGCAGGUCUCAGCUCCGCGAGGAUCACCUGCUGGUGUAUGAAGACCACAGUCAAUACCCGUCCGGCUACCAGCCCGCCAAGCAACCAUCGACUACUCUCUCGUGGGUGGCAAUCUUGGCUGGGUUGAAGCAGCAAGGCGUAAACAGCGUCAUGAUUGAGGGAGGUGCCGCCGUGAUCAACGCUCUGCUUUCAUGGCCAGAUCUAAUAGACGCCGUCAUCAUCACCAUCGCACCCACCUAUCUCGGACACGGCGGCGUUGCUGUAGCGCCUGCGCCAAAAUACUCGGAUCAAGGGCGACAGAACGCAGCAUGGCUUCAGGAGACCCGUUCGACAACAUUUGGCAGAGACAUCGUCUUAUGCGGCAAAUUGCGUCGCGAGGAAACGAUGUCUUCAGUAGAGUCAUCAUCGGCGUCAAGCACCAAACUCCCACUCACUGUCUAG